UUUCGUGAUACUUUAGGUCGUUAUUUUUUAUAACACACACGCGUGAACUGGAAUUAGCACUCUCAGCCAAUCGGCUCGCAUCUUACAAGGCGGCCGACGGUUAUCCUUCUCGCCCAAUCAGCGAGGGCGUUGUUUCCAGGGAGCUGUUCUUUGGCGCGGGUUUGCUUGAUUGUUUUGAAUCCUUUUCCUGGUCAGUUUUUGUUUUUACACAUCAGGAGUAUGUUCUUGUCUUGUUGGAUUUACUUUUAGUGUGGUCUCAGUCCUCGCUUUACGAUGAAGCUGCAGUGCGAGGCUGAAGUGAUCAAUCGGAUGCUGCCGACCUACGGGGUGAGAAGCCGCGGAAAGGGGACGAGAGCCGUGCUGUCGAUUGGGAGACACCUGGACAAAACCACCACGAUCAACAACGUCUAUCUGAUGAUCUGCACGCUGAGGGACAAGGCUGGUUCCAAAUACAAGUUAAAAGAGAACAUAGAGCAGUUCUUCACCCGAUUCGUUGAAGACGGAAAGGCUACGAUAAGGCUGAAGGAACCUGCGGUUGAUGUCUGUCUGAGCAAGGCAGAUGCUAACAACCUGAAGAAUUUUCUUUCUGCAGCCAGGCUGGCUCACAGAGGUGCUGAUUUAGAUACAUUACCCUUGUCAACUCUCACUUCUGUCAGGGCCCGGGAUGUGGAGAAACCAAAGAGCAAGCUUACCAUCACAUCCAAAAAGGAUUACCCUCUGACCUCCGGUUUCCCUUACUCUCUGGAGCAGCUGCAAGUGUCCUACUGCAAGCUGUCCCGGGUGGACAUGCGCAUGCUGACGCUGAAGAAACUGCGCAAGCUGGAUCUCAGCAACAACCACAUCAAGAAACUUCCAGCCACCAUUGGGGACCUGAGCAGUCUGGCUGAACUGAUCCUGCACAACAACCACUUGGAGUCAUUCAGUGUAGAUCUGUGCCUCUCCACUCUGCAGAAAUCUCUCCAGUACCUGGACCUCAGUCAGAACCGGUUGCAUGGUCUCCCAGCCCAGUUCUGUCAGCUGCGUGAGCUGGUUCACCUGAAGUUGGAUGACAACCAGCUGGUUCGGCUGCCCUUCAGAAUUGGGCGGCUGUCUAAGCUACGCUUUCUUUCUGCUGCUCGCAAUCAGCUACCUUACUUGCCCAGUGAUUUCCGCAAGCUGUCACUGGAGAACUUGGACUUGUCUGGAAAUCCAUUCAGCCACCCCAACCCUCUAGAUCACACAAUACAGCUUAAAUUCCCUCUUCCUCUGCUUGAGAUGGCUGCAAGAACAACAGUUAACCAUAGAAUACCGUAUGGGCCUCACCUUAUUCCAGCUCACCUGUGCCACGAUCUAGAGGUGGCUAAAACCUGUGACUGUGGCAAAGCGUGCCUGAACUUCUUCAUCCAGACCUGCGUCGACAUGAACCUCCACCUCGUGUCCCACACGGUGGUGCUGGUGGACACGAUGGCAGGCACAGAGGCCCCUGUGCAGUGCCACUUCUGCUCCCUCACCUGCUACUCCGAAUUCCUUGACAAAUCCCUGCAGCGCAGCACCAGAUGACCCAGGAUACACAGCUACAGCGUGGUGGUUUUAACCCGACGGGCUGUGGAGCUAGUGAAUUCCCGUAACACUGAUGGCGGUGGUUUGGACAGCAUGUGAUAGUGUUAAGCUUACUUGUGUUUUCUAACCACACAUGAUGGGCCUGAAGCAUGGGCCGCACUAUGAAUGGACUCUUGUCUGUCUCCACAUAUAGUGCUUUUCAUGUGAUGUCCUCUGUGGAAGCCAAUACAUGUGAUUUUUAACACAAAAUGACUGUUCCUCGUCAUUCUUGGAGGUGAGGGGCAGUGGGUUUGUGAAUUGUAAAAAUGGACCUGCUAUCACUACAGAGAAAACCUGUUUAAGAAGGAUUGUUUGCAAUUAAAGCUUUAGUACAAGGCUGUAGGGUUCAGCUGAUGUAUAUAUUGUAAAGCUGUUGGGCUUUUUCUGGAUGAUGUGGAUUUUUAAACGUCUGUUUCUGUCCCUUUUUAAUGUCUGUCUACUCCCAUUCAAGAGCAUGUGAAGAAAAUAAUCACUGAUUUGACUUGUCUAGCUGAAAUGGAACAUCGUAUUUUAGAGUUGUGAAAAAGCAGAAGUAAUUGCUUUUAUGGGAAGUUGCAGAGGUAUAUAACAUUUGAAGAAAAAUAAUUUAGCCCAUAAAAUACAGCUGAAAAAGCAUCAGUUAGGAAUAAACACCUGACAGAGAACAAGACCUCUGUUAAACUGUGAGAUUCUUUGGGCCUGCCAGUUUUAACAGCAGCUUAAGAGGUCCUAUUGGAACAGCUAGCUACAAUGCAACCUUUUGGAUUUUUUUAGUAUUUCUAGCACUGCAUUGGAAUUUUUCAACUAGUUUCUGUGUUUCUCUGCCAGCAUCAAAUGAAGGGUUCGAUAUUGUUACCUCAUUUACUAUUUUAAAGAGUAUAUGCAAUCACUUUCAGACCCUUAUUCUUAUUUCCCAGCAUGAGCAACAUCUAUUUUUAUCCUUCCUAGGAAAACAGUGAUGGUGUACUUCUGCAUUUUCCAGUUGUGAAGGUCUGAGAUCUUAGAGGUACAAUUAUUGCUUUAUGUUGACUACGUGAUCUACUUUGAAAAAUCUGUAAAAUUAGACAUUGUUUUGGUGAAGGUGUUUAAGUGGAGUCGGUAUAUGUAAGGAUGCAACAUUACCGACAAUGUUCAUGUGCAUUACAAGACCUGCAAUACCACUGAAAUCCGCCUAGGUGGCACUCAUUCAUCACGGGUCCCUUACAAACAGUAUGCAAGGCGCUUGAAAAUGGGACCUUCAAUAAAGUUUUUUCGGUAUAUUGCUUUAAAAAAGUGUUGUAGGUCUCUUUUUUUAAAUAAUGAUUAUAUACUGAGAGGCACUGAAAAAAGGCCCCUCAUUAUAUAAUAUUGUACAAUGUGCAUAUGAAAUGUGAAUAGGUUUUGUUUGUUAUGAAAAUGUUUUAUGGUAUUUCUGAAUAUUAAAGAUUUCUGCUGUCCUUGAAGAAUUCAUAAAUUGUUAAGGAUAACACCUUUUAAAUGACUGUCACUAUUUUUUUCUUAAUGUGAAAAGUAUGUUUAUCCUUGAACACUAUGAUUGUUACCACUGAAUGUCACAGCACAACAAUGCAAUGGUUUUAUAUACCAAAAAAUCCAUUUCUAUUUUGCAAUCCAAUUAAAUACUGUUAUACUUUGGUUUAAAAUGAACACUUCAAAAGUGAAGUGGCUUUUAAUGCUACUCCUUUAUGGUGAAAAAAAGUGAUGGCUAACAAACUCAUGUCACACUGAUAGUAUCCUUUUUUGUGAUUUGUUUGAGAAGAAAUCUUUUUCUACACACUGAGUACUGCUUCUUUUUAAAACAGUUGAAGGCUGACACCACUAAAUGUAUUUUAAGCAGUUUUUGGAUGCUAUGCAGUUGAACCACAACCUGACUCAUGAGAUUAGCCUGUUUUCUAAUACAUUUUACUCCAAAUUAAUUUUUGUUUUGAGUGACCUUCUGUUUUAAGACAUUACCUCAUCUGAAUAGAAAAUGAACCCAAACCUAUUUUCAUUCCUUUUGUUUCCCAGGGGAAAUAUCAGUACAUGUCCAAAGUUGUUUUCAGAUUGAGUUUGGGAGGUACGAUUUAGCCUGCAUGGUAACCAGAGAAUAAUGUUGUGAUAGAAAAUAUAAACUUUCUAAAUGGUUUGUCAUGGAUAAAACUGAAACUGUGUGCUGUACCCAUGGUAGUGAAAGAAUUUAAUAAAAACUGUUCCUGUA